AUUCACUGGUUUGUAAAAAGUGGCAACAUCCAUCCACUAGUCGCACGUCACUCUCUCAUCUCUCUCUUCCUCUGCAAAACAAAAUAGGUUGAAACUUACGACUGCUCUUUUCACAUUUCAUUCUCUCUCUCUCUCUCGAUCUCUCUUGAUCUCUCUCUCUCACAAAACAAGCACGCAGCAAUGGCGGCCGCAUCAUCCCCACGCGAAGAGAACGUAUACAUGGCAAAACUUGCUGAACAAGCAGAACGCUAUGAGGAAAUGGUUGAAUUCAUGGAAAAAGUCGUUGCCGCCGCUGAAGGCGGAGAGGAACUGACCAUCGAAGAACGGAACCUGCUAUCCGUUGCCUACAAGAACGUCAUCGGAGCACGGAGGGCUUCGUGGCGUAUCAUCUCCUCGAUCGAGCAGAAAGAGGAGAGCCGAGGCAACGAGGGACACGUGUCUACGAUCCGUGACUACAGAUCUAAGAUCGAGACGGAGCUGUCGUCGAUUUGUGAUGGUAUCCUAAAGCUUCUCGAUUCGAAGCUCAUCGGAUCCGCAUCUAGCGGUGAUUCCAAGGUUUUUUAUCUGAAGAUGAAAGGAGAUUAUUAUAGGUAUCUGGCUGAAUUUAAGACCGGAUCUGAGAGGAAAGAAGCUGCCGAGAACACUCUCUCCGCUUACAAGGCAGCUCAGGAUAUUGCAAAUGGGGAACUAGCUCCCACCCAUCCAAUCCGACUAGGACUGGCACUCAAUUUCUCCGUGUUUUACUAUGAGAUCCUGAAUUCACCUGACCGUGCUUGUAAUCUUGCAAAGCAGGCUUUUGAUGAAGCAAUCGCAGAAUUGGAUACCUUGGGAGAGGAUUCGUACAAGGACAGCACUCUUAUAAUGCAGCUUCUUCGUGACAACCUCACUUUGUGGACUUCUGAUAUGCAGGAUGACAGUGCUGAGGAAAUUAAAGAAGCACCCAAGGCUGAUGAGUAGUGGAUUUUUCUUGCUAAAAGAUUUACCCACACCCCUGUUUAUGCUUCUUCGUAAUUGUUUGCCUUUUCCAUUGAAAUUGCUACUUAUUGCCAGACUGUUUAGUUGUAGGAGGAGUUUCAUUGAACAUCAUGCUUUUAGUUGUCAUUUCCAUCCUUGCAACACUUUCUUCUCCCCCACAGUUUCCUAAUAUUAUUAUUUAAAUGUCUGAUUUGCUUUUUUCC